AUCUAAAUAAGUUAAUUUUAAAUAACUAUUACACUAAAUUCGAUGAAAAGAAAGUGAUAAAAUAAUAAAUAAAUUAUGUCUAUUUAUAAAUUUUUCAAUUUGUAUUCGUAUAGCAGAUUAAACUAUACAGAUUUUUUCCAUUUAAGUUUUUUUUUUAAAUGUAAUGAACAGCAGGCCUGGAUAUCAAACAAGCAAAGAGUUGAAUUCGGAUUACCUUUACCACCAAAGAAACCAUUAACUGGAUUCUUUGAAUUUGCCCAAAUACGUCGACCUGAACUGCUACAAACACAACCACAUUUGUCACAGCAAGAAAUAAUGAAACUAAUUGCAAAAGAUUGGCAUAAUUUGAACACAGAACAAAAGUUAUUAGUAAAAAACAAAAGAAUGGAUAAAACUUAUAGCUACAGAGUGGAUGCAUAAUACAUCAGAUUUUAUUAAAGAACAAUAUAGAGCAGAAUAUUUAUCAAAAUUGAAAAAAUAUAAAUCUGAUAU